AUGUCGACAUCGAUACACUUGUCGAGGUUCCGGAAAUGGCUCCUUGCUUCGCCGCCAAUCGAGUUUGCCAUUGGCCAACUCCGGGACCUCUUGGUUGGAGCAAUCCGUCAGGGUCCAGUUCCACAACAUAUUGCCUUUGUCAUGGAUGGUAACCGGAGAUUUGCCCGAACGCACGGGAUUGAAACCGUAGAAGGACACAACAUGGGGUUUGAGGCUUUGGCAAGGAUUCUCGAAGUCUGUUACAAGAGUGGCGUCAAAGUGGUUACAAUCUACGCCUUCAGCAUCGAAAACUUCAAACGCUCCAAAUUCGAGGUGGAUGCAUUGAUGGAGAUGGCCAGGGUGAAGUUGUCGCAGAUGGCUCAGCACGGUGAGAUUCUGGAUCGCUACGGGGCCAAGGUGCGGAUAUUGGGUCGGCUGGACUUGCUCAGGCCGGAUGUUCUUGCUGCAGUGAACCGGGCCGUCGAAAUGACCAGUAACAACGGUGACUGCGUAUUGAACAUCUGUUUCCCGUACACAUCGCGCGAUGAGAUUACCACGGCUGUUCGAGAUACCGUGGCUGAUCUCGUCUUUAUGUCCCCCGAGACGAUCACGCGUCAGACGUUGUCAGAACAUCUAUUCACCCAUGACAAUCCUCCUUUAGAUCUGCUGGUCCGGACAUCUGGAGUUGAGCGCUUGAGUGACUUCAUGCUUUGGCAAUGCCACGAGGAUACGGAGAUCGUCUUCCUUGAUGUCCUGUGGCCGGACUUUGACCUUUGGCAGUUCCUGCCCGUGAUGCUGAGAUGGCAGCGUCGAAUCUCCAAGUCAAAGAAGAACCCGGAUGCAGAGGGGAACUUCGACGGCGAAACAUCUGACUCUGCGGAGGAAACUAAUGGCAAGGUUAAAGAUCUGUAG